CACACACACACACACACACACACACACACACACACACUGGCGAGUCCCAGCGCACACUUCCCAACAGCCAACAACUUCAGCGCCCAUUCCUGACUGCAUGACCCGGAUAAGUGUCACUCACGUCGGCUUGAGGCACAGCGGGAGCCCCUGUUGGUGGUGGUGGUGGUAGGUGGGGUGGAGGCUAUAUACGCACGGCGGAGAGUUGACGUCGCAGAACACCGGAGAAGCUCUCACUGUGGUGGAGACACGACGAGGGAGGACCUGGAUGGUGUCCACUAACUGUCUUUGAGCGCCGUGGACUCGUCCUGCCCUCCACGAACUUGUGUGAGGACAUCUUGCGGGAGGAUGGUAGCGCGGACCAGGGCAGCCCAGCAGAGACCGACGCUCCUGUGGCUCGUUGUAGUGACUCAGUGUAUGUCAGCACUUGGUUGUGGACCCCAUUAUGAAUACGCCAUAGAGGAGUUCUGUCUGGCCAAAUUCGGACUGGAAAUGCAAGAGCUGGAUCAGAAAAACUGGUGCAGCUGGGAGGACACUGUUGAACUCUAUGGGGAGCUGACAAACUGCACAUACCUGGUGGCGCUAAAGAUGGACUGCUUCUGGCCCAACCAGCUGGUGGAUGAGUUCUUCAUCGGCGUCCACAACCAUUACUUCUACAACUGCUCGCUGUCAGGGCGGCUGCUGAGGGACCCCCCCAACCGCAUCCUGGGUCCUUUCAUCGCCAUGCCCAUCCUGGUCACCCUGCUCAUGACCGCCCUGGUGGUGUGGCGGAGCAAGCGCAGUGAAGGCAUUGUGUAGUCGGGAAAAGCAAGGCGGGAUUCUAUGGACCUGCUGGAGGACUUAACAAUACUCCACCCUCCGUGGUGCUCGAGCAUCUCUUUGAUGUUCUCAACUCCAGAUCUUUUCUUUGAAAAUGCCUAUGAACUGACCUCCUUUCUGGACUUUGUUGUUGUUUAUGAUGAAUGUGGUUAUAGUGACAACAAAAAAUAUACAAAACAAUUCAAAUAAAAAGUAUUUAUAUGAAAUGACAAACCCUGUUUCCAUAUGAGUUGGGAAAUUUUGUUAGCUAUAAAUAUAAACGGAAUACAAUGAUUUGCAAAUCAUUUUCAACCCAUAUUCAGUUGAAUAUGCUACAAAGACAACAUAUUUGUUGUUCAAACUGAUAAACAUUUUUUUUUUUCUCACAAAUAAUCAUUAACUUUAGAAUUUGAUGCCAGCAACACAUGACAAAGAAGUUGGGAAAGGUGGAAAUUAAUACUGAUAAAGUUGAGGAAUGCUCAUCAAACACUUAUUUGGAACAUCCCACAGGUGUGCAAGCUAAUUGGGAACAGGUGGGUGCCAUGGUUGGGUAUAAAAACAGCUUCCCAAAAAAUGCUCAGUCUUUCACAAGAAAGGAUGGGGCGAGGUACACCCCUUCGUCCACAACUAAGUGAGCAAAUAGUCAAACAGUUUAAGAACAACGUUUCUCAAAGUGCGAUUGCAAGAAAUUUAGGGAUUUCAACAUCUACGGUCCAUAAUAUCAUCAAAAUGUUCAGAGAAUCUGGAGAAAUCACUCCACGUAAGCGGCAUGGCCGGAAACCAACAUUGAAUGACCGUGACCUUCAAUCCCUCAGACGGCACUCUAUCAAAAACCGACAUCAAUCUCUAAAGGAUAUCACCACAUGAGCUCAGGAACACUUCAGAAAACCACUGUCACUAAAUACAGUUCGUCGCUACAUCUGUAUGUGCAAGUUAAAACUCUAUUAUGCAAAGUGAAAGCCGUUUAUCAACAACAUCCAGAAACGCAGCCGGCUUCUCUGCGCCCAAGAUCAUCUUAAAUGGACUGAUCCAAAGUGGAAAAGUGUUCUGUGGUCUGAAGAGUCCACAUUUCAAAUUGUUUUGGGAAUUAUUCAACAUUGUGUCAUCCGGACUAAAGGGGAAGCGAACCAUCCAGACUGUUAUCGACGCAAAGUCCAAAAGCCAGCAUCUGUGAUGGUAUGGGGGUGCAUUAGUGCCCAAGGCAUGGGUAACUUACACAUCUGUGAAGGCACCAUUAAUGCUGAAAGGCAUAUACAGAUUUUGGAACAACAUAUGCUGCCAUCUAAGCGCCCCUGCUUAUUUCAGCAAGACAAUGCCAAGCCACAUUCAGCACGUGUUACAACAACGUGCCUUCGUAAAAAAAAGAGUGCGGGUACUUUCCUGGCCCGCCUGCAGUCCAGACCUGUCUCCCAUGGAAAAUGUGUGGCGCAUUAUGAAGCGUAAAAUACGACAGCGGAGACCCCGGACUGUUGAACGACUGAAGCUCUACAUAAAACAAGAAUGGGAAAGAAUUCCAGUUUCAAAGCUUCAACAAUUAGUUUCCUCAGUUCCCAAACGUUUAUUGAGUGUUGUUAAAAGAAAAGGUGAUGUAACACAGUGGUGAACAUGCUCUUUCCCAACUGCUUUGGCACGUGUUGCAGCCAUGAAAUUUUAAGUUAAUUAUUAUUUGCAAAAAAAAAUAAAGUUUAUGAGUUUGAACAUCAAAUAUUGAAUAUGAGUUGAAAAGGAUUUGCAAAUCAUUGAAUUCGGUUUAUAUUUACAUCUAACACAAUUUUCCAACUCAUAUGGAAACGGGGUUUGUAAACCAUCUGUACAGUAAAGAGUGACGCUGAAAAAUGACAGAAAUUGUAAAUCUGUAAAAUGACAUAGUUGAUAUGGAAACUAGGGCAGUUACAGUUCAUUGGAUGUAUCUUGUAUCGUACAUACUUAAAUCAGGCGAUGAUAGUAACAAAGCAAAAGUAAGUUAUAAUAGUCUGUCCCUAUUUCAGUUGUUUUGUGUUCUGCAGUCUUCAGUUUGCAACUGAUUAUGUUGUCCUACAGAUUUCAUGUUCAUUAAAGGGGUCCUAUUAUGA